AACAACGUGAAUGACAAGUCCAAUGGAGACCCUCCUGCUUUAUCUGAUUGUCCUCUGUGCGGCUGUCAAGGCCCACAAAGUUCAAGUCUGUCCGAAGCGCUGCGUGUGCCAGGUGCUGAACCCCAACCUGGCGACGCUGUGCGACAAGAAGGGGCUGCUCUUCGUGCCCCCCAACAUUGACAGGCACACUGUGGAAAUGCGACUGGGCGAUAAUUUUGUGACCAGCGUCAAGCGAAAGGAUUUUGCCAACAUGACCAAGCUGAUGGACCUGACGCUCUCCCGCAACACAAUCGGGACGAUUGUACCUUACGCUUUUAAAGACUUGGAGAACCUGCGAGCCCUGCACCUGGACAGCAACCGUCUGACGCGCAUUACCAACGACACCUUUAGCGGCAUGUCCAAGCUGCACCACCUUAUCCUCAACAACAACCAGCUAACCCACAUCCAGAUCGGGGCCUUCAACGAUCUGACGGCGCUGGAGGAACUCGAUUUGUCCUACAACAACCUGGAAAGCGUCCCUUGGGUUGCCAUCCAGAGAAUGUCCAGCCUCCACACCCUCAACCUGGACCACAACAUGCUCAGCUACAUCCCCGAGGGCACCUUCUCGGGUCUGCAAAAGCUAAAGAGGCUGGACGUGACCUCCAACAAGCUGCAGAAGCUUCCCCCAGAUCCCAUCUUCCAAAGAGCCGGCGUACUGGCCACGUCAGGCAUUUUGGGCCCCACGUCGUUCGCGCUGAGUUUUGGAGGGAACCCGUUGAGAUGUAACUGCGAGCUUCUCUGGCUGCGGAGAUUGCGACGCGAGGAUGAUCUGGAGACCUGCGCUUCACCGCAGCACCUCGCUGGACGAUAUUUCUGGACCGUAUCGGAGGAAGAGUUCCUGUGCGAGCCUCCUCUCAUCACCCGGCACUCUCAGGAGCUGCGAGCUUUGGAAGGUCAGAGCGUCACGCUGCGCUGUAAAGCCCGCGGCGACCCGGACCCCAUCAUCCACUGGAUCGCCCCCGACGGACGCCUCAUGUCCAACUCCUCCAGAGCUACGGUCCACACAGACGGCACGCUGGACAUCCUCAUCAGCACCGUCAAGGACACAGGUUCUUUCACCUGCGUGGCGUCCAACCCAGCCGGCGAGGCCCAGCAGAAAGUAGAGCUGCUCAUCGCCAAACUCCCUCACAUCACCAACAACACGGCUGCUGAGCAGCAGCCCGACCCCGGGUCGUCGGACAUCGCCACGGUGACCAAGACGGGGGCGGAGAGGCCAGGCGGGGUGCCUCUGGGGAACGCCAAGACGAGCCUAGAGAGGAAGGUGGUCAUCGCCGAGGCCACGUCCAACUCAGCCCUGGUGCAGUUUCAGUUUCAGAGGAACAUUCCAGGGAUCCGCAUGUUUCAGAUCCAGUAUAACGGGACCUACGAUGACUCUCUGGUCUACAGAAUGAUCCCGCCGACCAGUGAGAACAUCCUGUUGAACAAUCUGGCGGCGGGGACGCAGUAUGACCUGUGCGUCCUGGCUAUCUACGACGACCAGGUGACGUCAUUGACCGCCACCCGCGUCAUCGGCUGCGCCCGCUUCACCACCGAGCCGCAGUACUUGAGAUGCCAUUUCAUGCAGUCGCAGUUCCUGGGAGGAACCAUCGUGGUCAUCAUCGGGGGCAUAAUCGUGGCCUCAGUGCUGGCUUUUAUCAUCUUUCUCAUCGUGCGCUAUCGGGUGUGCAACCAGGGCGACACAGACAAGGCCCUGGAGAUGGGCGACAUACGUUCCCUGAGCAGUGAUGGACAGCUUCAAGGCUGCGGACUUCCCAAAUCUCUCUCUAAACAAGUCCUGCGUCCGGAGAAAAAUGACAAGGACUGUCUCCGAGUAGCUUUGCCGCCGCUGGAGCCAGCCAAACAGCGAGCACCUGUCUCCACAGCCGCCUCCAACGCCACCACCAGCGCCACAACCAAACCCUCCGUUCCCGACUGCACCGUGUCCAACUCGGCAGCGAGCCACAGUUGGCACCCGGCAUCCCCCGGCGUUCCCAGGGUGAAACGUUCAACCGCACCGCCCAAACCCUCCGAGGUCCGCCUGGCAGACGUUGAACUCAACAACGUGAACCGCAAUAACUCCUCGCAGGUUAAGAUGCCGCCCGUCGUGGCCCGAGUGAUACCUGGAGAACCCAUCACAUGGACUGCAGCUUCCAGGGGUCCGCGGGUCCGACAGACACCGCGACAUUACAUGACUGUGCCCACUGGGGGCAUGAGGAUGAACCGCAGACACUCGCUGAACGUGGACUCGUUCGGGGAGCGCUUGUACGUGGCCUAUCCCAAAACGGGAGCCAGCCUGCGCUCCAAGCGCAGUCUGUCCAUGAGCGGAGAGCUGCCGCAGCUGCAGAGCACAACAAACAUUCACCGGGCUCGCGACAAGCUGUCCAGGUCAGAGUGGCUUCUUGAGAGCACUUUAUGAUUCGGAGUUUACUGCCUGCAUCCUUUGGCGUUUUUUUCCUGGAUUGGAUUUGUGGCCUGCUGUGGAGCUGCCCUGAAGGUCCCCAGCACAACGCUAAGGGAAUAUUAAGGCUUCACUUUUGUUUUAUACACUAUAACCUAGAAAAGUCUUCUUCAUAAGGGACUUUGAGUGAACCAAGAGAAGCACAAGUGUAUAAAACAACUCAUGUACAAAUGUUUAGUUGCGUAUCUAUGAAUGCAGUAACCCGGACACGCACUGUAUUCAAACAGAGACAGGGUUGUUGCCCUAAAGACAACAACACAACCUUGGCGGGGUUUUGGGAGCGAUAAUGAAUGUGCUUUAUUUACAUCCCAGACGCAGCACAAUGCAGCAUUUUUUUUGUGGCACACGUUGACUCAGCCUUGAUACUGCCCUGCGGUUUGAAUUGAUCAAAUCGUUUCUAUCACGUAAUCACAUAAAGACCCGAGCACAGCUUUGAAUGACGACUGGGGCAGACGUAAUGCCCGACAGGCGCGGAGAGGAGGGACUUGGCGUUCUGCGUGGAUGAGCUCCAGACAAACGAGACCUUAUUACCAUGCUUCUUUUUUCCUUUCUUUCUACGCAUUGUCAUGACAGGCUGUUGUAAAUUAACUUGUAAGCGGAACGACCAUGGUGGGUAUUCAAUUGAUUUUGCUGUUGUUUCUGUUUGAUGUUGAACAGUAUAAAUAAACCAGUGUUACAAGGAACAUUCCAAAUGUGACGU